GCCCCCCCCCCCCCACCCCCAGCCGCCGCCCACCCCGUCACCACCCCUUGCCGAUGGCCCAAGGACAAGGAGACGGCGACAUGACGACUCCGCCUCCGCCUCAGAGGUCGCGGGGGACCCCGCCUCUCCCUGGCCGGCGCCCUGCCGCUGCUGCUGCCGCGCGGCCAGAUACGGCCUACAUCGACCACGACGACAACAUGGACGACCGUGACGCGCUGUUCGGCUUCGGCAACGACGACACUGCCGGCGGAAGUCAGCCCCAAGCUUCUCCAGCCACGCCGACAGAUAGUGCGAGUCCGAGUACAGCCAGUACUACUUCCGUCAGCAAGCGAGAGAUGGGGAACGCUGCAUCUGUGAAAACUGAGGCUUCAGCUUCCGCGGAGCCACCUGCCACAACAGCUCCUGCACCCGAGACCAAGCUGAAAAAGAUCUGCUGCGCUUGCCCAGAUACGAAGAAGCUGAGAGACGACUGCAUCGUGCAGAAUGGCGAGGAUGCCUGCGGAAAGUUCAUAGAAGCCCAUCUGCAAUGCCUGAGAGCUGAAGGGUUCAAUGUCUGACACCUAGCUCUGUCAUGGGAACUCCAUAUCUGUUUCUGCGAUAGUCUGAUUUUGAUCAUAAAGAGCAUGAUGAAUAAGAACUUCUGGUAGAGUGAUAGUAAACUCACUGUUUUAUUUAUAGGCUGCAAAAAAAAAAACGUCACUGAACAUGGCAGGUUGGAAGAGGGUAUGUGCCUCUUUACAUGAUGCUGCACUAUGCAUAUGAUGACACUCUGUGGGGUAUCGUAUACAGAAAUUGCUUGUUUUGGUCUGCUGGUUUGAUAUUCAGCACGAAACUGUAUGGAACAAUGGUUUUUAGUUUGCUACUAGCUAGAAUUUUCAAUCACGUUUGCUACUAGCUAGAAUUUUCAA